AGAGAGAGCAGCAAAAUCAAGCACCAAAAGUAGAGGAAAAUAGAAAGAAAAGAGAGAUAUGGAUGAGAAUAAAGCAUUGAAUUCCAGCAGGUUCAAAAGAGUUUGCGUCUUUUGUGGAAGCAGCCCCGGCAAGAGAAACUGCUAUCGCGAUGCUGCCCUAGAGCUGGGACAAGAACUGGUGUCCCGCAAGUUGGAUCUUGUUUAUGGAGGAGGAAGCGUGGGGUUAAUGGGUUUGGUUUCUCAGGAAGUCCACCGCGGUGGAGGCCACGUUUUAGGAAUUAUCCCCAAAACACUGAUGAACAAAGAGAUAACUGGGGAAACAGUGGGAGAGGUGAAAGCUGUUGCAGACAUGCACCAAAGGAAAGCCGAGAUGGUCCGCCAUUCUGACUGUUUUAUCGCCUUACCAGGUGGAUAUGGAACCCUUGAAGAGUUGCUAGAAGUCACAGCAUGGGCCCAGCUUGGAAUCCACGACAAGCCUGUUGGCUUGGUUAAUGUGGAUGGCUACUAUGAUUAUUUGCUCACCUUCCUAGACAAAGCCGUGGAUGAUGGCUUCAUCAAACCAACCCAACGUAAUAUCAUUGUCUCUGCUCCAACUGCAAGACAAGUUGUCCAAAAACUCGAGGAAUACGUGCCAAUGCAUGAUGGAGUUAUUGCUAAAGCAAGGUGGGAGGCUAAACAAUUGGAGCUCAAUUCAUCUUUGCAAACUGAAAUUGCUUGUUAGCUAAAGAAAGAUAACAAUGGUCUCCCUUUUAAUUUUUUAAUUUUAAUAUUUU